GUCCGAGCACAGAUGAGGAGCAGCACUGAUUAAGCAGAAAAAACAGUGAGGAGUUUCAGCGAGCGACUCCCACGAGAGAAGAAACGCGGCACUUUUGGGAAUUUUCAAUGGGAAAAAGACUGUAGGGAUUUUUUUUAGCAGAAUGGCGCCGUGGCGUGUAUGUUCGGACACGGGAAAGUUCACGCAAAGGAAAAUUUGAGAGAGAAAAUCUUGGAUAUUAGUGGACACGAGCUACGCUCGGUUUGAGCUUUCCUUAAAGGAGACGCGCCGCGCACGGAUUUGUUACAUUGGGUCCAGAGAGUUAUGAUGUCUUGAAGCAGCAAGCGGCCCUUUUGAAGGAUGUGCAGUGAGUGCUAAUGGAAACUUCUGCAUCAAUAUGAAUGUUCAUGAUGUUGGCGGGAGACGACGCUUCGAGGACUCCGAGUUCACCUUGCGCAUCUACCCGGGGGUCAUCGCAGAGGGCACCAUCUACUGCCCCAUCACCGCCCGUAAGAACACAUCGGCCGCUGAGGUCAUCGAGCAGGUCAUCGACCGGCUGCGGCUGGAUCGGACGAAAUGCUACGUCCUGGCGGAGGUGAAGGAGUUCGGUGGGGAAGAAUGGAUCCUCAACCCCACAGACUGUCCCGUCCAGCGCAUGAUGCUGUGGCCUCGGAUGGCCCUGGAGAACCGGUUCAGCAGCGAGGACUACCGCUUUUUGCUGCGGGAAAAGAACCUCGAUGGCUCCAUCCACUACGGCAGCCUGCAGUUGUGGCUGCGGGUCACGGAGGAACGGCGUCACAUGAUGGACCGAGGCUUUUUGCCUCAGCCCUUGCCGAAGGACUACGACGAUCUGUGCAACCUGCCGGAUCUCAACGAGAAGACCCUGCUGGAUAACCUGCGUAUUCGUUUUAAGCAGGAGAAGAUCUAUACCUAUGUGGGCAGCAUCCUCAUAGUCAUCAAUCCCUUUAAGUUCUUGCCCAUCUAUAACCCCAAAUUUGUAAAGAUGUACGAUAAUCAUCAGCUGGGAAAACUGGAGCCACACAUCUAUGCGGUGGCCGACGUGGCUUACCACGCUAUGUUGCAGCGUAAGCGGAAUCAAUGCAUUGUUAUUUCAGGAGAAAGCGGCUCUGGCAAGACCCAGAGCACCAACUUUCUUAUCCAUCAUCUCACGGCACUCAGUCAAAAAGGGUUUGCUAGCGGAGUGGAGCAGAUCAUUCUGGGUGCUGGACCGGUGCUGGAGGCUUUUGGCAACGCCAAGACAGCCCACAAUAAUAACUCCAGCCGUUUUGGAAAGUUCAUCCAGGUGAACUAUCAGGAAAGUGGGACGGUUCGAGGGGCGUAUGUAGAGAAAUACCUGUUGGAGAAAUCCAGGCUCGUCUAUCAGGAACAUAAUGAAAGGAAUUACCAUGUGUUUUACUACCUGCUGGCAGGAGCGAGUGAAGAGGAGAGGACUGGGUUCCACCUCCGACAACCUGAAGAAUAUCAUUACCUCAAUCAGAUGACAAAGAAACCCCAAAGGCUGCAUUGGGAAAAUUACUUUGAGAACGAACCGCAGGAUUGCUUCACAGUUGAAGGGGAGGAUCUUAAGCAUGACUUUGAGCGCUUACAGCUGGCUAUGGAGAUGGUCGGCUUCCUCCCCACCACGCGCAAACAGAUUUUUUCUCUGUUGUCAGCAAUCCUUCAUUUAGGGAAUAUCCGAUACAAGAAGAAGAUUUACAGGGAUGACUCCAUUGACAUCGGCAAUCCUGAAGUUCUGCCAGUUGUGUCGGAAUUGCUUGAGGUCAAAGAGGAGAUGUUGUGUGAAGCCCUGACAACACGAAAGACGGUCACAGUGGGCGAUAGACUAAUCGUCCCAUACAAACUGGCUGAGGCUGUGACGGUGCGGGACUCGAUGGCCAAAUCUCUCUACAGUGCCCUGUUUGACUGGAUUGUGUUCAGGAUCAAUCAUGCCCUGCUUAACAAAAAAGACUUGGAAGAGUCUGUCAAGAUCUUGUCCAUCGGGGUUCUCGACAUCUUUGGCUUCGAAGACUACGAGAACAACAGUUUCGAACAAUUCUGCAUCAACUUUGCCAACGAGAGACUUCAGCACUAUUUCAACCAGCACAUUUUUAAACUGGAACAGGAGGAAUACCGGGCAGAAGGCAUUACUUGGCAUAAUAUUGAUUACAUUGAUAACACCAGUUGCAUCAAUCUCAUCAGUAAGAAGCCCACAGCACUGCUCCACCUACUGGAUGAAGAAUGCAACUUUCCGCAGGCCACCAAUCAAACCCUGCUGGAUAAGUUCAAACGACAACACGAAGGAAACAGCUAUAUAGAGUUUCCUGCAGUCAUGGAGCCGGCGUUCAUCAUCAAACACUACGCAGGGAAAGUCAAAUAUGGAGUGAAGGACUUCAGAGAGAAAAACACAGACCACAUGCGGCCGGACAUUGUGGCUCUGCUGAAGAGCAGUAAUAACGCCUUCAUCCGUGGCCUGAUCGGCAUCGACCCGGUGGCCACUUUCCGCUGGGCUGUGCUCAGGGCUUACUUCAGAGGCGUGGUGGCAUUCAGGGACGCUGGGAAAAGACAUGUGGAAAAAAGAAGCGGGCAUGAUGCUGCUGCUCCAGGUGUGAAAAGUGUGGAUAGUUUUAGUUUUCUGCAUCAUCCUGUGCAUCAGAGAAGCUUAGAGAUCCUGCAGAGGUGCAAAGAGGAGAAAAACAGUGUAAACCGAAACCGUCAUCGCAUGCCACUCUCUGAUCUGCAGGGCACCAAUGCAAUAAAUCAAAGGGAGAGCUGGAAUGGUCGUCCUGGGAGACAAAACCGCCUGUCGUCUACUCUGAAUGAAGAGGAUGGGAUAUUUGUUAACUCCACGAGCAGUAAACUUCUGGAAAGAGCUCACGGUAUCCUGAUGAGAAAUAAAAACUAUAAGAUGAAGCCCAGUCUUCCUAAGCACUUGUUGGAUGCCAAAUCUCUGAAGUAUCUGAGUAAUCUGACGCUACAGGAUCGAAUCACAAAAUCCCUCUUACACCUCCACAAAAAGAAGAAACCGCCAAGUAUUAGUGCUCAAUUCCAGGCUUCUCUCAAUAAGCUAAUGGAAACACUCAGUCAAUCCGAGCCGUACUUUGUCAAAUGCAUUCGAUCAAAUGCAGAGAAGCUCCCUCUGCGGUUUCAUGAUGGUCUGGUUCUGAGGCAGCUCCGAUACACAGGCAUGCUGGAAACCGUGCGUAUACGACAAUCGGGCUACAGUAUCAAGUACACUUUUCAGGACUUUGUUCGACACUUCCAUGUGCUGUUACCAGAAGGUACCUGCGCCAACCAAGAAACUAUCAGACGGUACCUGUGCCAGGUGGAUCUCGCACCCAAAGGGUUCCAAGUGGGCCGUACUAUGGUGUUUCUUCGUGAAGUUGAACGUCAGCGAUUGCAAGAUCUUCUCCAUCAGGAGGUUCUGCGUCGGAUUGUUAAUCUCCAGCGGCGUUUCAGGGCUCUUUUAGAAAGGAAGAACUACCUGAGAAUGAGACAGGCUGCCUGCCACAUACAGAACUGGUGGAGGAGCUGUCAAUCGGUGGAGAUGGGCAACAGGCUUCAGUAUGAUGCCCAGGUCCAGCAGGGGGCAGCGGUCUGCAUCCAGUCGGCCUGGAGGGGAUUUAUGGAGAGGCGAAGACUUCUGUUGUGGAGGGAGGCGGCCGUGAUUAUUCAGACAAACUGGAGGCUGUGUCGACGGAGAUUUGCGGCCCUCCGGAUUCAGACCGCCUGGAGACGGCACAGGGCCAGAGAGCUCUACCUCAAGCAACGUCACAUCACCAUCCACCUGCAAGCCGUCAGCAGAGGAUAUCUGGCGAGGCAGAGAUUAAGAGAACUUCGAGAGCAGAGGUUAAAAAGCACACAGCUGCUGAAUGGAAAUACCAGUCGGUUGACAGAAGAGGAGAAGCGAAGAGUCAUGGGUUUGGAUCUAAGCUUGUGGGAAGACCAGGAGAAAAGCAAUCAGCCCUUUAUAGGAGCAGGCAAUGCAUCACAUGAAGAAAUGGUGCUAGAGAUACCAACAUCCGAAGUGACAAUCCGAGAACGUCCAAGGACGCUUGAAGACCCCAACCACAGGACGAGAGCCAAGCGGGAAAGCCGACGGAUGCGCGAGUUGGAACAGGCCAAAUUUAGCUUGGAGCUGCUGAAGGUGCGCUCCACCGGAGCAACGUCUCCAUCGGAUGAGAGACGCUGGUCGAUGGAGAUGGUCAGCGAGGUUCCUCACACUCCUCAGGGUACGCCGGACAGCCAGAGCUCCAAAGGCAGCUUUGAGCUACUUAAUAUAGAUGACUGUUUCAAAGACAAAGCAGUAGAGGAUCUCGGUUCUCCUUCAUCCCUGCCGGAUCUGCACGACACAUUCCCUGACGUUCCCAAGCCUACAUUGGCUUCUGAUAUUUCAGCACCUCAUAUACCACCCAGGCUUCCGACCUUCUACGUCCCUCCAUUAGAAAGCAGCUCUCUAAUCGUGAAGUCUAGCACGGACGUGUCCGUUCCGAAACCGGAUGGGACUGGUAAACCUGUGAAGGAUAAGACAGAGUUUACCCGCAGGCCGAUGGUGGUGGUUAUCAGCAUGCAGAAGGAUGCGCAUUUAAAUGAAGAGGAUCCAGAGGUCCGAGACGAUGCCACCCAGACUGGCGAGACUCCAAGUCCCACACAUCCAGGUCGCAACAGCCUAUACGUGCUGGAGAAACUAGAAAAGCUGAAUGAGGUGAAGGAAGAGCGAGAAAAACAUCAACAACAACAAAACGAAAAAGAAAUGAUGGAGCAGAUCCGUCAACAGAAGCUCAUCCUGGAGGAACAGCGGAGGAACAUCUCCCGAAACGAAAGGGAGAUGUUUGAAAAGCAAAGGUCCGAGGCAUUGCAAAGGAUUGAACAGGGCAGACAAGAAAGUUCUGGAGGAAGGACAGACAAAUCCGGUUUACUCUCAGACAGAGGUCCCGCUCCUUUAGCCCAACCCGAGCCGGACUUUAACUCCCAACCGCAGGUCCCAGAAAAUGAGGUGGUAUACCAGCUGAAGGAUAGCAGAAAGGUACCAGAAGGAUGGGCACCAAAACUGACCCUGGAGUCCAGAGGACAUGAAGCCAGAAGAAAAAUGAAUAAGAAGCCGGCCAAUCAAAACAUCAGCAUUAACAUGACAGAGAAAUCGGGAAACAUUUUUUUUUCUCCAAAGGCGAAAGUUUCCCAUUUAAAGCUGGAUAAGGACAUGAGGACUGACAAGGUCAUUCAAGGUAAAACUUCAGGAGUCCAGAAUGAAAUGAGCCUCUUGGGACACAAAUCCACUAAAGGUCGAGAGGUCAGCCGUCCUGGUCAUAAAAAAGCCCGCAUGGCACGGACACGCUCAGACUUCCUGACCCGCAGUACAAAUCCCCAGGGAGAUGGGGAGUCCGAUGAGGAAGAGUAUGAGGAGAGCCCUCUAUCUCCUGAUAUACUCCUCCAUAGACAGGACUUGGAAGAGAGCGCACUAGAGGCUUAUCACAGUGACUCUGAAAUGCCGGUCUCACCCACUGCUGAACAGAAGAGCAUGUAUAAAGCCAUGUCCUCUGGUGAUCUGGGCAAAGGUGAUGCCCUGAGGAAAAACGCUCAUGGAGAUGGAAGGGUUCGCGGUAAAAUGCGGUUUUGGGCAAAGUCGAAGCAUGGAGAGAAGAAGUCAUCACGUGAGCGUCUGUUCUGUGUUGGUGAUACACUGGAUGGAGACUUUACUGAAACACCACUUAUGAUGGAAGAGGGUGUAGAGCACCUGUCGCCUCCCCGAAGCCCAGAUCUUACCAUACAGAGGGAGUUUAAGGAGAACAAAGAGCCGUCUCCAAAAGUGAAGCGUCGCCGAAGUGUGAAGAUCAGCAGUGUCGCUCUGGAACCGGCGCAGUGGCAGAACGAUUCACUGCAGAUACUCACAUGUGCCAAUGACUACAGGAGCAUGAAUGAUUUUCUUAUGAAAAAGAUAAGUGAUUUAGACACGGAGGAUGGAAAGAAAGACACAAUGGUGGACGUUGUAUUCAAAAAGGCACUGAAGGAGUUCCGCUUGAACAUCUUCAACUCGUACUCGACGGCAUUAGCUAUGGAUGAUGGGAAGAGCAUUCGUUACAAGGAUCUCUACGCUCUCUUUGAGCAAAUCCUGGAGAAGAACAUGCGUCUGGAACAGAGGGAUUGGAGCGAGUCACCGGUGAAGGUCUGGGUCAACACCUUUAAAGUCUUCCUCGAUGAGUUCAUGAUGGAGCACAAACCUCUGGACGGUGCUGUGAGCAAGGCCCUUAAACCGGACCGCAAGAAGAGACGGAAAAAAGAUGCUGACAUCGUGGAAGAACACAAUGGCCACAUAUUUAAAUCCACUCAGUACAGCAUUCCCACAUACUGCGAGUAUUGCUCAUCACUCAUCUGGAUGAUGGACAAAGCCUGCGUCUGCAAAUUGUGCCGGUAUGCGUGCCACAGAAAGUGCUGUCAAAAGACGACCUUCAAAUGCAGUAAGAAGUACGAUACUGAGCUCUCUUCACGGCAGUUUGCUGUGGAAUUGACCCGUCUGACCAACGACGAGCGAUCGGUGCCUUUAGUGGUGGAGAAACUCAUCAACUACAUCGAAAUGCACGGACUUUACACCGAAGGCAUCUACCGAAAGUCCGGAUCAGCCAAUAAGAUCAAAGAGCUGAAGCAGGGUCUGGACACGGAUGUUAACGGCAUGAAUUUGGAUGACUACAAUAUUAAUGUGAUCGCCAGCGUUUUCAAGCAGUGGUUACGUGAUCUGCCUAAUCCUCUGAUGACCUUUGAACUGUACGAGGAGUUUCUGCGGGCUAUGGGUCUUCAAGAUAAGAAAGAAGUGAUUCGAGGGGUUUAUUCUAUAAUUGAUCAGCUCAGCAGAACUCAUCUGAACACACUGGAGCGGCUCAUUUUCCAUUUGGUCAGGAUUGCUCUGCAGGAAGAUACCAAUCGCAUGUCUGCAAACGCAUUGGCAAUUGUGUUCGCACCCUGCAUCCUUCGCUGUCCUGACACCACCGAUCCUCUGGAGAGCGUUCGGGACAUCGGGAAAACCACAGCGUGUGUGGAGCUGAUCAUUUGUGAGCAGAUGAAUAAGUACAAGGCCAGGCUGAAGGACAUCAGCACUCUGGAGUUUGCAGAAAGCAAAGCCAAGAGUCGAUUAACUUUCAUCCGCAGGUCUAUGGGUAAAGGGCAGGUGCGCAGAGUGAGGUAUACCACACCAUCUCCUCCGGUGAGUCCUCGCUCUCCAACCGCCCCAGACGUGACGCAAGAAAUCGCCGAUGAGGAACCUGUCAGAGAUCCUGAGGUGUCCGAGCAACAGCAGGUGGCCAUGCAACAGGAAGAGAAGGUUCUCACUGAACAGAUCGAACAUCUACAGAAAGAAAAGGAAGAGUUGACCUUUGAGAUGCUGGCUCUGGAGCCCCGGGCAUCAGAUGAUGAGACUCUGGAAUCAGAGGCUUCGAUAGGCACGGCGGACAGUUCGGAAAAUCUCAACGUGGAUUCGGAGGGAGCCGGAUCGGAUUUCUCUGAGCGAGGCCCAGCGCUGGCCGCCACCAGGCCCAAGAAGUCUGAGGGGAAAAGCAGACGAGUUUUGCGGAGGCAGGCGGUAUCCCUAGACUCUGUAGAUUCCAGUUCUACCGUCUCCUCCGUGUCGUCUUCCUAUGCGAAUCUGCCCGUACGACCCAGAACCCGCAGGUCACGUUUACGGUCCAAAUCGCCUUCAUCUCAAUCGUAUCUGUCCAGCCCACCUGACAGCGUGGACCUCCCCGACCAGGACGAAGAGGAGAGACCGCAGUUCACCAGCCGCGGUACUUUUAACCCGGAACGGGGCAAGCUGCGGCUUCAGGGGGCCAAGAGCGCCCCUCUAAAACCUCCGAUGGGCGGUAGUCCGAAGAGGGAACCGGACCUGCCGCCUCAGCAGAUGGUGGUAUACGGCAACAACGAGUUUAUGGUAUGAAGGCGGCGAGGUUACACGUCCAUGCACGGAGAAGAGCUUGUUCCUCCCCGCUAGCUCACAUUUGCUGCAUUAUAGUCCUAAAGUGCCACGUUGAGAGGAACGUUUGUGUGGGGGGUUUCCGAUCAGCACGUGAGAAAUCGGGAAUGUGUUGGACGAGGACAGUGGGGUGACUAAGGAAUAUUCUCCUGGGCUUUGAUUGGCAGCUCUGUGACUGUGAAAGACGGGAGACAAAGCCAUCGAUGAACUUGACGAAUUCAAGCUAUACCACGGGCUGCUUCAACGUUUACAAUGUAGAACCAUUGCAAGGAGCAUCCUCUGCGAUGUAUUUGCCCUUAGCCUAUUUAAUAAAUUUUAUUUACAUUGAAUAUAUAAAUCUAUAUAAAUAUAUUAUGUGAUAUAAAGCCAGCGCACAGUGACUGCUGGGUCGAUGAAUUCGUAUAUCUUGUAUUUGUCCUGAUGAAUGCAUUAGAGAGAGAGGAUUGUGUGUGCAAAUGUGCGUGUAUGAGAAAACCUCGAUAUCUUUGUGCUGCUUGGAGGGAAAUGAUGCCAUUAAAGGGACCAAACAAACUGGUGAUUUAAAGCCAGUGGAUCCCAGAGGUCUUUCAGAUCACCAAAUAGUGUAUUACUGUACAUCACCUCGAGACAGCCAUCCAUCAGUUGCUAUUUUUUGUGCUCAUCUGCCUCAGUCGUGUUCAGAGAAAGCAGUGUUAAUAUACCAAACCGCAGUAAAUGGAUCACUGUCAUUGCUUGUUUAUUAUUUUAAAUCCAAAUUUGUUCCCCAUUGAAGAAAACAAUUUAAAUAUUUAAUGUAUUACCAAACAAAUCUCCUCUGUUUGUAUGCUAUAUGUAACCCAUUUGUUUUCAGAUUAUAUCAAUGUUUCCCUUUAUGUCAGAACUCUGAGAUGUAAUAAUUCACACAAGUGCAUUUGGAGGGUCAUGCAUGAUCUUAGAAUAUGUUUUCUCGCUUCAUCACUAUUUGAUAAUGUAUUUACAUCAGAAACAUGGAGAUUAAAUAAACAAAAGCAGUUAUUUACAUGCUAUUGUUAUAUGCUUUAUUUCAACAACAAAAUAUCUCUGUUACUGUUGUUUCUGGUCUAAAUUGGUCUAAAAUAAAGCCCCCUUACUUUAAACAUUGGCGACAUUGUUUCAUAAUGGUGUUAUGGAGUGUGUAGGCAUAAAUACACAUGAAGAUAAGGAAAUAAAUGUAUUAUGUGUUGUAAUACAUCUCAUUCAUUGCUGACACUGCGUCACAUACAUGCAAGAUUGAGUUGGAGCCGUCUCUCGAACAAAUGUUUCUUAUGAAAGAAAUGUUAAUGGUUGUAAAAUAAAUCACAUUUUGAACAAAGAA